AUGCGUUCCGAAGGGGUUUCCAUGUCUGGCCCAGCGGUGGCGGAACGGUUUACUUGGAUUGCAUUCAAGAAGUUUUUGAUGCAUACUCUUGGUUUAUGCAUUGGAGAUAGUGGCAGUAAGGAAGAUAUGAAGAUGGAUGUUGAUACUGGCCGGCAGACUGAUGAACUAAUCCACGCAUUUGUUGUAGCACUUGGUAGAACUCACAAAAAUGACAAUUCAAUCACCAAGUUUAUUGACAUAGGUGAUGGCCUCGGGGAACUUGACAUGGAACGUUAUGAGGACGACGACGAAGGUAUCCUGGGAAUGUGUCUAGUUUUCUUUCUUUCUUAUCUGCACAGGUCAUGGUACCUGUACUACCCAAGCAAUGAUAUGGACCCCUAUCCAAAAGAUAAGAAUGACGAUGAUUCCGAAGAGCUUAAGGACGUGACCUUUAAACCAAAGGAUGCCAUCAUAAUUUGUUCACGUAAUGAGGAUGAAUGCAGUCACCUUGAGUAUCGGAUGAUGGUAAUUCAAACAUAUAUCCUGUGGGCAUUCCCUCUAUUUACAGCAUGGCUUGAUUGUCCGCUUGAAGGGGAAGAAAAAGGAAAUUUUAUAGCUGUGGGUUCAAUGGACCAUUCAAUUGAAAUAUGGGACCUCAACAAUGUAUAUGUCGAUCAUAGUCUCACAACUUCCCUUUCUCAGAUUGAUGAAGUGCAGCCAUCUUGA